AAAAAUGCAAAUAUAUUUACUCUUUUUACAAUGAAUUAAGCUUGAAAACUCAUUUACUGAAACAAUUUCUGGGUUUACCAUUGCUUCCCGUACUAUAUACACUCCCUCAGCACCACUUUUCAUCCUGCUGAAAUUAUUUUAUUGGGAAGCUUUGGCAGUGAAUUAUUUUAGUUUUUGUUUUUAUUUUUCCUCACUCUUUAAUGAUGGUCCAGCUAUGCAUUGAAUUCUAGUUGUGCAGUUAUAUUCCAUCAGCACUUUCGAAGGUUUUCUCUCUUUUCUAUUACUGCCAUUGAAAAGUCCACUAUCAUUUGAUUUUCUUUACUAAGUGGGUAAUCUGUCUUUUACCUCUGGGAGCAUUUAAGAUUUUCAUUAGCUUUGACAUUCUACAGCUUCAGUACCAUGUAUUUCUUUUUAUAUUUCCUGUUCAAUACCUAGAAAAUUGUCCAUUCUGUCUUCAAGCACCACUCGUGGCAGACAACAGUAACACCAAGACACAUAUACUUAUGCACAAGAUGCACUGGACUGCCAAAGGUCAAUGAAGAAGAUCUUGUAAUUGUAGACUCCACAAAGUACAGUCAUAUUGAAUUGGAAAUACUCCAGGCUCAGAGGAUCAUAAAAGAGACCACUGAGAGGAAGGUCAAAGGAGUAUCUCACAUAUGCCACAAAACCCACCUAAUCUCUGUGGAAGAGGGCUGACCAUGAAAGGGCCCUUGCUUCCUGCUCUAUUUAGUCAGCAGUUUGGAAAUGGGACAUCAGUGCCUCUGUUAGAGUGAGAUAGAAACCUAAGUCUUGAAGCUCAUUUAGUAAGAGAAGAGAGCAGGGAUACCAGGCCAGGAAAUGUGCCCAAGAGGAUUCAUUAACAUCCUGUUUCCUGGACCAAAAUUUCCAGGGGAGACAAUUUCUGCUGAAAAGAUAAGUCCCUCUGAACUUAGGAGAAUAAUAAAGGACCCUCCUCCAGGACAGGGCCCUGGCUCACUGUUGCCCCAGAGAGGGAAGCGAGGCAGGGUCUCCCCUGGGCAGCUAUUCCAAUAUCUACUUCCUCCAGAUUCCUGCUGCUUUCAUCUUUGUUCCCAGAACCUAGCAAGAGGAAAUAAACAUCUUAGCAUCUGGACCCAAGAACUCAGUCUGACAACAGCUCCAUGUUGUUUCUUAGAAACUACCCAAGGACUGUACUAGCUCUCUGUGUGUAUCUACUGCAUCUACAGAGAACACCUGCAGAGGAACAGAAGGAGCAGGCAGGGCCCUGACACCUACCUUUGUCAGACUCUUAAGACUCUUAACACAACAUAGCAAAAAUUAAGUCAAUUGCAUACCUCUGAAAAAGUUUUAUCUUCCUUCCCCUUUUAUAUGGGAACAUCCUUGACCCUCAAACAACCCCCAGGGCAGUCUGCAUUGUCCGGCAGCUGGGCUUCUCAUCACUCGAGGUAAGGACUUUGUCUAUCUUUCAGGGAAGUGUGCAGCCUCUAGGAAUGUUGAGUUGAGAAACAGAGCCCAAAGCAGUCCCUCAGAACUCAAGCCACUCUGUCUCCAGCUUCUCUAGUGCUUUGGGCUGCAUACUCAUCCCAAUUCCCUCUAUUCUUUGUGUUCUAAACAUGAAGAGGAAUUAAUAAGGAUGAUGAACGGGUCUGUGCUACCUUCCAGGCCUGGGUAUCUGCUUCCUGGUGGAAGUAUCAGUACCUGUCCUUAGACCCCAGUGGGCUUUGCUGGCCUCUGAUAAGGCGUUUUUGCACCAAUCUGAUGAUAAAUGCCUCCAAAGUGCCAUCUAAGAGCAGAUGAUAUACCUGCCAUCCACUCUAAUAUGUUUAUACCAUUAAAACCCUGUGGAGCCAUAAGAGGUCAGUAGAAACCAUUGAAAUGUCAAAAUAUAGAAGCCACAAUAUAGGGAAGUGAUUUAGAGAAAGAUGCUUCACUUACAGAUUCUCUAACACAUGUUCACAGUUGUCUUUAUCUGUCCAGUAUCCAUGACAUAUGACACUGAUUUCUGUCAACUGUCUCUUCUGGUUUCUCUCUCAGAUUGGGUACCACACUCCAACAGCAGCUUCCAGAACAGGAGCUCUUCCUCCCUGUCUCUAUGGCCCUUCAACCCAGUGUGGGUACUCUGGCCCUGCAGGAGGGAGAGUGGGUAUCUGGAUCAGGUGCAGGGGAGGGAAGGUAGGAUUAUUGAGGCUAAUUACAACAAACAGCACAUGCUCUUUGUUGCCUACACCUUUUGCCAUUUCUCCCAAACACAAACACUCUGCUCUUUCUGGGCAGGGCCUUGUCUGCUUUUUCUGAGUCCUCCCAGGCUCACAUUUUAUCAUAACCUGUUAAAAAAAAACACAACAAAAACCUAUGUUUGCAUUGAUCCUGAAGGUUUACCUCUAAAAGCAACACCAUGUCAAACAUGCCAUCUCCUAGUCUCAGAGAGUCUAGAAUCCCUUCUCUCUCAGGCCCACAGAGAGUGUGGGGCUGGUCAAGAGAGGUGAACAUACUAAGGAGGACACACUUUAGGUCUUCCCAUGAGGCUUGUGUCUACAGCCUUGAGUGCUGCAAACAAAUGUAGGCAUACGUUACAUGGAAAAAGAAGUAGAGUGUCUUGUUGAAAUCACGUUUCUGUACCUGUUUUAGAAUUUCAUAUUAAGAAUAGGUCUAUGCCAAACACUAACUGGCUUUUUAAAUCAUUAGUCAAAUAUUAGACUUAAAAGAUAGGUGCAAAAAUAAUCAAGGGCAUGGGUGCUAGAACAUCACUUUCCUAUUAGGAGAGAGAUGUUUCAUCUUCCCAAAAGAAACACAUUCAGGUUUGAUGUCCUGAAUAGUAUUCUCAUGUAGUGAUCUCUUAAUGUUUAGCUGUUACUGUGAUGCCUGUUCUCCAUUUGGAUGGUUCUUUCAUAGAGGUAAAAUUAAAAGAGUCAGAAACUCAGAGAUUAAGAGUUCACGUCAGUUUCCAGUGGGAAGGGGAUCACCUCAUUUGAUUCAUGUUGCCAUCCUGAGGGACCUCUGAUGUUACAAACUAGGGGACUAGCUUAGCAAAACCUCAUUGAGAAUCCAUUUGGUUCCAGGCAACUAAAGACACAACCCAGAAUGGAGCACUGGAAUUCCUCCCUGGGAAGUGGCUUCAUAUUGAUAGGGAUUCUGAAUGACAGUGGGUCCCCUGAACUGCUGUGUGCCACAAUUGCAAUCCUGUACAUGUUGGCCCUGACCAGCAACAUCCUGCUAUUCCUGGUCAUCACAAUGGAUGCUUGGUUCCAUGUGCCCAUGUACCUCCUGCUCGGGCAGCUCUUGCUCCUGGACCUCCUUUUCAUGUCUGUUGUCACUCCCAAGGCCAUCGUGGAUUUUCUGCCUAGUGAAAACACCAUCUCCUUUGGGGGCUGUGCCCUUCAGAUGUUCCUGGCACUGACACUUGGUGGUGCGGAGGACCUCUUACUGGCCUUCAUGGCCUAUGACAGGUAUGUGGCCAUUUGCUAUCCUCUGAACUAUAUGGUCCUCAUGAGGCCCAGGGUCUGCUGGCUCAUAGUGGCCACAUCUUGGGUCCUGGCAUCCAUCAGUGCUUUAGAACAUACCUUGUAUACUAUGCACUUCCCUUUCUGUGCAUCCUGGAAUAUCAGGUAUCUGCUCUGGGAGAUCCCACCUCUGCUGAAGUUGGCCUGUGCAGAUACCUCCAGAUAUGAAUUCAUGGUGUAUGUGAUGGGUGUGAUCUUCCUGAUGCCCCCUCUUGUUGCUAUCCUUGCUUCCUACACAUUAAUUCUAUUUACUGUGCUCCACAUGCCCUCAAAUGAGGGGAGGCAGAAAGCCCUUGUCACCUGCUCUUCCCGCCUGACUGUGGUUGGGAUGUUCUAUGGAGCUGCCACAUUCACGUAUGUCCUGCCCAGUUCCCUCCACAGCCCCAAGCAGGACAACAUCAUCUCUGUUUUCUACAUGAUAGUCACCCCAGCCCCAAGCCCUUCACCUACAGCCUCAGGAAUAAGCAGGUCAUGGGGGCCUUGAGGAGGGUCCUGGGGAAAUACAUGCUGCCGACACACUGUACCAUCUAGGAGGAGCUUAUGGCUUCCCUCAAAAUUCAUUCCUCCUCAACAUCAGGAGUUUUCUGCUAAGAGUCAAAUACUCAGGGUAUGAAAACCAUAGUGCUGAGUACAUCUUUUAGCAGAAAAAUGAAGGAAUGUACUUUGACUUGUCAAACGCUCGUUUAAAUCUUCCUUCAGGAGGUAAUUUAUAAGGUAUGAGUCACACUCUGUUUAAAAUUUACUCUCUAUUUUCCCUGGUAGCUUCUGAGUUAAACGGGACUAGUGUCUUCUGCCAACUUGGGACAUGACCUCUGACUUUUGGAGUCCAAAUUGGACCAACAUGAGAACCAAAGAGAAGAAAGUUUCAAGUGGGAGGCUUAAGCAAGGCCCAUACAUCAGGGGAGGGGACUUUGAGAUCUGCACAAAUUCUAGACCAAGUGACCUUGUUAAAAGAUCAUGUACUGGCCUAGUUUUCUGCCCAAACUGGUAGUAGUUUUCAUGUAUUUGCAUCAUGUUCACUCCUCCUUGUUCCAACCAUCACCCGUCAUGGAAACUGCUCCACCUGGACAUCCAGCAGGUGUUUUUUCUGUUUCGGUUCUUUUGUUUGUUCGUUUGUUUUUGACAUGGGAAUAUUUUAUACUGCCUAAAUUUCAGUUGCUACUGAAAUGAAUAAAAUAAAAAGUUAAGGCAUCUCAUAAGUAAGAUCCAUGGUAAACAACUAUGCUUCUUCCUUGGAAAUAAACAAACACAGAAAUAAAACAAAACUGAUGUUCCAUUGUUUCAAGGCUGUCUUGAAAUGUCCCUACAAUUGCAAAGGGAUCAUAUGCUUGCUACGUGUGGUUGUGUGAGUGUGUGGAUGUGUAUUUGUGCUGAAAAAGGAGGGGACAACAUAUAAAUUCCUUUUCUAGUAGUUUGAAUAUGCUGUUCUACUACAUUUGCUUAUAAGUCUGGAAAUAUUUAAACAAAAGCUGGGAGUUGUUUUGAAACUUCAAAAUAACAUGGCUCAUCUGAGGGGCACUAUUUUAGGGAAUAUUGCUUUUUGUGGAAAUUGGCUAACACUUUCCCUUUUUUUUCCCAAAAUAAAACAGUACUGUUUCAUCUUUAAUGCUAAAAGAAGUCAUUUUAAAAAAAAUUAGUAAGAUAAAGAAUACUAGAAAUAGACAAAAAGCAACUAAAUUCUCUUACCCAGAGAUAACCACUACACAUAUUUAGAUGUAUUUCCUUUCAUUUUUAGUGCAGGCAUGUAUUUUACUGGGUUGAUAUGUGCAUGUAGGAUAGAGAUUUUUUUCACUUAUCAAUAUAUAGUGAAUGUUUUCCGUAUUACAUGAUGACUUAUAGAGCAGUGGCAAAUAGCCUGGGGUCAGUUGUCACAGUGCCAAGGUUUGAAUUCAAUACACCCCCACGUAUAUAACUUUGAGCAUGUUACUUAACCUCUCUAUACCUGAGUCUGUACACCUAGAAAUUGUUUAUUAGCAGUAAUACUAGGACCUACUUCAUAGUUGUUGUUGUGAGGUUUAAAUAAAAGUUAGUAAAUACAAAUGUAAGUGUAAAUAUAAGUGUAUUAAAUAUAAGCACUUUAGAGCAGCACCUGGCAUAUAAUGAGUACUUAACAAAUCUUAACUCUCACAUGAAUAAAUAGCCUUGGAAAUACUUUUACAUGGUGACUAAUAUUACAUCAAAUGGAAGCUUUGUAAUAGA